UAAAGAUGAUAAGAGAAUAUAGUGAAAACCUUCGAGAAGAGCACACUAUCUCUGUGUGUCUCUCUGCAAAAGCACCCUCUCAUGGAUUCCCUCUCUCUUCUUCUCUCUCCUUAUCCAUUAUCCCCAAAACCCCACAAACCCAAAACCUUCAAAACCUUCUCUCAUUUCUCAAACCAGAAUCCUCAACACUUCACAAUUCAACCUUUUCAAUCAUAUUCUUCAAUCUCACUCUCUUCACCCCAAAGACCUUCUCCCAAAGCGUUAGCAAAACCCUUCUUCUCAUUCACCCUCUUCAACCUUUUCACUCAGUUUCCCUGCAUAGCUGACGUCGCCGCCGAAGACGCCGGAAAAAUCAACAUUGAGUCGGUUCUGGUUUCCAUCGACGGCUUCUUCAACCGGUACCCGUUUUUCGUAGGCGGGUGCGCCUUCAUCUGGCUGGUGGCGAUUCCGCUGGCGGAGGAGUAUUUCAAGAAGUGCAAGUUCGUGUCGGCGAUUGACGCCUUCAGGAGGCUCCGCGAUGAUCCGAACUCGCAGCUGUUGGACAUAAGGGAUGAGAAGAGCUUGAGGUUUCUGAGGUCGCCGAAUUUGAAAUUUAUUGAGAAGGAAGUGGUGCAGGUUGAGUUCACUGAUGGUGGGAAUGAAGAUGAGUUUGUGAAGAAGGUAUUGGGGAGGUUCAAGGACGCGUCGAACACCGUUCUCUGUGUUUUGGACAGUUUUGAUGAUAAUUCCAUGAAAGUUGCCGAGUUACUCUUUAAGAAUGGUUUCAAAGAGGCCUAUGCAAUCAAAGGUGGGGUUAGAGGCGAGCAAGGUUGGAUGGCUAUACAGGAUUCCUUUUUGCCCCCUUCUGUGCAUAUAAGGAAAAGGGUAAAAUCUUCAAAGGAACCCAAUAAAAAUGGAAAUGGUGCCAUCCAGCAAAAAGAUAGUAACAAUAAGAGUUCCUUAUCCCAAGAGAUCUCCCCUGUUGGAAACCAAAAGAUGGGCAAUGGUAAUGUGAAAAGCUCUGUAGAGUCUACUCCAGAAGUGAAAACUGGUGCUGUAGUGUCCUCCUCUCCUUAUCCCAAUGAAAACACAGUUGAGGUAUGUUGAUACAGUGUUGAAAUACUGUCAAGAAGUAGUUUCACUAUCAAUCGAGUGGGGAAGUGAUGCAAUCCCAAAAUUUUAGCUUUGGAGUACUCAAGUUUUCUUAUGGCUAAUGAGUAUGAUGACUGAGAAACCUAUUUUACCUUUUUCCACCUUUGGGAGUCUUAUCCUGAUAGAGAUAUUACAGAUAUCUUGUUUUGUUUUUCAGUUGUCACUGUUAGAGUUAGCUUUACCAUUCUUUGAUCUGUAUAUAAACCCUGUAUUGCUUCCGCUUUGUGUCAUUCUAUUCUCUUCAAUGAUAAUGAGAAUUUUUCUCCUGGGCAUUCUGUCAAAUACUAGCAUAUCCUCUAUUUAUAUUAAACCAAACCACGUCGGCUAUUGAGGAUUGUAAAAAAAAAAAUCAAAACAAAACAGAUAUGAAUAAAACUUAAAAGACACAGAAUUGAUGAAGUUGCUCCUGGCGUCUUCAGGCUAAUCGAGUAGUGAAUACUCUCCUUCCAGGAAUUUAAAAGAAUCCUAGGAAGUGAUUCUCUUGAUGGGCCUUUUCGUACUCCUCUGGGAUUCCAGCCAUGCUUUUACCACCCUGAUUUUGGUAGUAAUGAUGGAGUAAUUUAUUGACCUGUUCUUUUUACCUUUAAACUGCACCAGGUUAUGCUACAACUCACUGGUAUUGUGGCAGUGGCAGCAACUUUAUUUAUCAUUUAAGGUCAUAAUUCAAAUUUCAGAGUACCCUACCCGACCGUCUAAAUUGUGUUAGAUAUUUACAAAGAGAAUAAAAAAGUUCCAAGCCAGUUCUGAGCAUAUGAUAGUUGGAAAGAAAACUGUAAUUCUGAUGGUUUGAUAUCAUAUCAAUUAUAGCAACCUUACUGGAUAUAAAAAAAAGAGAGGAAUCAUUUGCGUGCUUUUGAUCCGUUCUUCAAUUUUCUUUCUAUUCCGAUUCAAGUUCACAACCACUUUCAAGCUUCGGAAGUUAUGACUAUCUAGUUAACAGUUAUGCAAUACUUUUAAAUAAUGAGAAAUCGUACAUUAGAUUCAAGUGUUGAAUAUUUAUAGAAAUUGUAUCUCAAAUAAUCACAUGCACAGAACUUUUUGUACCUCAGUUGGUGGUGUCGAUAUGUAAAUUUAAGAAUGAACUUGAUUUAGGUGACUUCUGAUGGAAAGGUCCAUUGGAGAAUAGACUAUGGUGAUUCCAACUUUGUCAGUACAUUUGUUAUUAAGAUAUUUGCUUGCAUUAUUUGAAAACAUGAAACAGAGGCACGGUAAACGUCAAUACUUGUGAAGUGUGUUUUCUACUGUUCUCUUACAUUUUAUGUCUUACAAAUAAAAAAAUUCUCAUCAUUUUU